CUGUACCAGCCCUGGAACAAGGCAGCUGGACCUUUCUUUCAGCUGACAGCCGCCACCAUGGGGGCUCCGGCCCUCCUGUGGCCUACACUGCUGCCAUUGCUCAUGGUGCUGUUUGGCCAACCUCCAGGGACCUCUGCCCAGGAUCAAGUCUGCUCUAUGAACAAGACCUUUUUUGAAGUUGAGGAGAACAGCAAUGUUCCUAAGCUGCUGGCAAACAUUUCAGUUCCAGAAGGCCUGAGGGUGACCCUGGGACCCUCGCCUAACCCUUUCGCAUUUAAGAUCGUGGAGAAUCAGCUAUUUCUCAACAUGACUCCAGAUUAUGAGGAAAACUCAGUGCUGGAGACAGAUCUGCAAUGCAAGAGAAAAGACUCAGACUCUGUGGUGACAGUGUUGAAGGUGUUGGUGAUUAUCAAGGAUGUCAAUGACAAUGCCCCAGAGUUCCCCUUUACAAUCAAGAAAUAUGAUGUAGCAGAGGACACCAGAGUGGGUACAAUCAUCAUCCCUGGGACAGAACUGGAAGCCAAAGAUGCUGACAAAGAGGACACCCUAAUUUACACUCUCCAGGAAGUAACCCCUGUCAGUGCUCCCCCGUCCCCACUCAUUACCUACCCCUCCCUUCUGAUGCUUCCAGGCCUCAGUCCCUCCACCUUCCAGAGUCUCAGGUUCUACCCUCUUCCCCCUUGUCAGAACGCCAGCAGCUUCUUUUCCCUGAUGGGGCAAAACAACCCUUCUCUGAGGCUGCAGAAGACCCUGGAUUUCUACAAGAAUCAGAACAUGACCUUCAAGCUGCUGGCACGGGAUACCUUGGAAGAAGGUGUAAAGCUCAGCCACACAGCCACUGCCACCCUGGUCUUGAAUGUGCUUCCAGCUGACUUACGGAACCCCUGGUUCCUGCCUUGCUCCUUCUCAGAUGGCUACUUCUGCAUCCAGGCCCAGUACCAUGGGGUGAUCCCCACAGGACACAUACUGCCAUCCCCGCUCAUCUUGAGUCCUGGUCCCAUCUAUGCUGUGGACGGAGAUCAGGGCAUUAACCAGCCAGUCAUCUACAGCAUUGUGGGAGGAAACACGAAUGACAUAUUUAUCAUCAACAAAAACUCUGGCAACCUCACGAUGGCCAAAAGUGUCCCCAGCUCCAUGAACUUCACCUUGCUGGUCAGGGCUGAUCAGGAUGAUAUGGCCCGCUACUCAAUAACCCAGGCCAUCGUGGAGGCUCGUAGUAUCACUGGGAUCCCACUCCAGUUCUCUCAGAGCAGGUACCAAGGCACAGUGGUGCUUGGUUCUAAGGCUGGCACAGAAGUGAAGGACAGGACCUCCCCUUCUGAGAUCCUGAGGAUCCAGGCUCAGUACCCAGGCUUCCCGGACCUCAACUUGGCCAUGACGUACCGAAUCACCAACUCCUCAGAUUUCAAUAUGGACGCGGAUGUCAUACUGACCACAGUGGCUAUGGAGCAUGCAGACACCUUCUAUGUAGAGGUAGAAGCUACCAAUACUGUGACUAAGGACACAGCCACCACUGUUGUUGAGAUCCAAGUGUCAGAGCAGGAGCCCCCUACCACAGAGUCCCCCACACCCCCAGAAGCUGGAGGAACAACUGGGCCUUCAAGUAGCACCACUUUGGAAGCCCCCACGACCUCUGGGACCUCUCAAGGACCUGCCACAACCAGCUCUGGGGGAAGUGCUGGCCCAUUCCCACCCUCAGGCACAACUCUAAGUCCACCUGCCUCUGCCUCAUCCACACCUACUCUUGGAAUCAGCACCUCCCCCCAGACAGCCACUCCUGGUGGGGGCUCAACACAGACCCCCAAGCCAGGAACCUCUCAGCCAGUGCUCCCCAUUACAGGAACCAGUACCACCACUUCUCAGCCAGCCACACCCAGUGGAGGCUCAACACAGACCCCCAAGCCAGGAACCUCUCAGCCAGUGCUCCCCAUUACAGGAACCAGUACCACCACUUCUCAGCCAGCCACACCCAGUGGAGGCUCAACACAGACUCCCAAGCCAGGAACCUCUCAGCCAGUGCUCCCCAUUACAGGAACCAGUACCACCACUUCUCAGCCAGCCACACCCAGUGGGGGCUCAACACAGACCCCCAAGCCAGGAACCUCUCAGCUGACAGCCAUUGUGCCCACCAGGAGCCCCUCAUCCUUAGGAGAAGGCCAGCGAUUUUCAACGGUGGACAUGGCAGUGCUGGGCGGGGUGCUAGGAGCACUCUUGUUGCUGGCCCUCAUCUGCCUGGUCAUCCUCAUCCACAAGCACUACCGGCACCGGUUCAAUUGUUGCUCUGGCAAGGUUUCGAAGCCACCACCUCAGAGUGUCUAUGACAACCUGACCUUCUUCCCAGACCACAAGGCCAGCUGGUCGUCCACCUCAAACCCGCAGCCACAGCCGGGUCUGAAGACGGCCGAGUCUCCCUCCGGGCCACUUAGCCCCAUGUCCUCCAGUCCCACGCCCCCCAGCUCCGGGCCUCCUACUCCUGAGCUCAGAGCUCCCGGGUCUCCUAAGACCGUCCAGGCUGGGGACAGUCCUUUAGCCGUGAGAUCUAUCCUGACUAAGGAGCGGCGGCCCGAGGGAGAGGGCGGCUACAAGGCCGUGUGGUUCGGCAAGGACAUCCGGGAGGAGGCUGACGUGGUGGUCCUCAACGAGCCCGCAGCAGACAUGGACAGCCCCAGUGCCACGGAAAGUGAGGACAGCGAUGAUGAUGACCCUGACCAGAGUAAGGGUUCUCAUCUUGGUGCAGAUGCCAACACCAGUUAUAUCUAGUGCAGCACCCCCACCCUCCACUCCAAGACACUCCCUUUUUCUCUGCAAAUUAAAGUAGCACUUUCGAA